UCGCCGUCUCGCCCGGGAGAGGGAAAGAAAAAGAGAGAAAGGGAGAACAAUUUUGUAGCUUAGAGUGAAAUAGAAUAUCUGCGCAAGAGGAAGAAAGUAUAACGGGCUGGUAUAGGAAACGCAAAAGAUAGAGCGAAAAGAGGGAGCAAGAGAUAUACAACGAGGGACACGGAGGUGCUUGCACACGGGGCGGGCCUGCCAGUCUCAACCACUUCGUGGAGUACACUUUUUAUUCUGUAGUCGAGCACGCAGCCACUCUGAAUUGUUAGCUGUUUGCAUAUAUAUGAUCGAAGAUCUGUGACUUGCCCGAUGCAUGGUAGAGGCUGUUGGACCGCGUGGUCUUACCAGAUUUUAUUGAUAAUCAGUCAGUACAUCGUGUGUGAGGAUUGUUGUUGUUGUUGUUGUUGAUCGAUCCUUCCGGCUUGCCGGCUGUCAAAGUCAUCGGUUUCGAAAGACAAGAAAAAGGAAUCGUGACACAAAACAACAACGAACCGUAGAGAUCAUAUUCGAAAUAUCUCGGUGUCAGUGUUGGUAGUGUUUGAGAGAGUGGUGGUGGAAAAGAUGAAGGAGAAACCGGGUGUGCAACGAAAGAGGGUUGUUAUGGGGCGAAGCUGUCGUCUGCUUGUACUUUCGCCGCUGUAUUUGCUGACUAUAUUCGGCUUUCUCGCAGCGGCUGAUGCUUUCUCCACUGACAACAAGCCUUGUCCUUUAAGGCAAUUUCAAUGUACGAAUGGUAAAUGUAUACCAAUCCCGUGGGUCUGCGACUCGAUGGACGACUGCGGUGACAAUUCCGAUGAAACCAGCAAAUGCGAAGGUCAGCACAAGUGCACCGACUCGGAGUUCAAGUGCACCAACGGAAAGUGCAUACCCGGAACCUGGCACUGCGACGGCGAGGAUGACUGUUACGAUGGCUCUGACGAGGAUCCGACUAUCUGCAGGUCGAAACAGUGCAGCGAAACGGAGUUCGAGUGCAGCCCUGGGAGGUGCAUACCGAAAACCUGGCUGUGUGAUCUUCAGCACGACUGCAGCGAUGGGUUGGACGAGAAAAAUUGCCGCAGGACGAAGAAUUGUACGGCGGAUCAGUUCACGUGUCACUCGGGGAACGGCGAGUGCGUGGCACUCGCGUGGAUGUGCGACGGCCAUCUAGACUGUUCGGACGGUUCGGACGAGGCUGAGUGCAACGACACUUGUCGAUCUGACGAGUUUACGUGCGCAAACAAGCGAUGUAUCCAGAGAACGUGGGUGUGCGACAGCGACGACGAUUGUGAAGACGGCAGCGACGAGGAAGAUUGCAAACCGGUCACCUGUGGUCCGUCAGAAUUCGCCUGCUCCAAGAAUUACUGCAUAACGUCUCGAUGGAGAUGCGACGGUGAUUUCGAUUGCCCAGAUAAAAUCGACGAAGUUGGAUGUAAGUAUUCGAACGGCGAACGACCAAGCCACUGCAACAAGGACGAAGACUUCGACUGCGACGACGAUUUCACGUGCAUACACAAAAGCUGGGUGUGCGACGGUGAAAGAGACUGCCCCAACGGGGCCGACGAGUUGCCAAAACGGUGUCACAACGUUACAUGCAGGCCGGAUCAAUUCCAAUGCGGGGAUCAUCGUAAUUGUAUAUCAGGCCACUUGUAUUGCAACGGUAAAGCAGAAUGCGUAGAUGGCAGCGACGAGAGAAAUUGCACGGGCGAAACCACCGUUUGUGAUCCGUCGACGCAAUUCGAAUGUAGCGAGGGCUCGUGUAUCCCUCUUUCCAGCGUGUGCAACAAAAACCGUGAUUGUAUCGGUUGGGAGGACGAGAACGAAGAACUUUGUGGCGUGAACGAGUGUUCCAAGAACAACGGUGGAUGUUCGCAAAUUUGCAUCGAUCUGCCGAUCGGCUUCCGGUGUGAUUGUAACGCGGGAUACAGGCUCAUUGACAAUAGGACUUGCGAUGAUAUAGACGAGUGCUUGGAACCAGGCAGAUGUUCCCAGUUCUGUUUGAACGAAAAGAGCAGUUUCAAGUGCAUCUGUGCCCCGGGUUACUUUAAAGAUCCCAGGAACCAUACUCGUUGCAAGGCGGCAGAAGGUCACGCCAGCCUGCUCUUUACCAGAAGGCACGAUAUAAGAAAAGUGGCAUUGGAUCGUUUGGAGAUGACGAAUAUAGUGAAAGACACGAAAAUGGCCGCGGCCUUGGAUUUCGUUUUUCGCACCGGUAUGAUCUUCUGGAGCGACAGCAGCGAAAAGAAGAUCUAUAAAGCUCCGAUAGACGAAGGCAACGAGCGUACAGUUGUAAUUGACGAUGGUUUAACAACAUCGGAUGGACUUGCCGUUGAUUGGAUAUAUAGUCAUAUUUAUUGGACCGAUUCCAAGAAGAGUACCAUAGAAUUGGCUAAUUUCGAGGGUAAUAUGAGGAAGACGUUGAUUCAAGAUCGGGUACAAGAACCUAGAGCGAUAGCUUUGAACCCACUGGAGGGGUGGAUGUUUUGGACCGAUUGGAGCGACGAAGCCCGCAUAGAGAAAGCGGGAAUGGAUGGAUCUCAUCGAACGGUGAUAGUCGACAAUGACGUACAGUGGCCAAAUGGGUUGACUCUGGAUUUAAUUGGCAAGAAAAUAUACUGGGUAGACGCAAAGUUAAAUAUAAUUGGAUCGUGUAAUUACGAUGGUUCAGGUGUACGAACGGUUCUCUAUUCUCCGAAAGUAUUGAGGCAUCCCUUCAGUAUUACGACGUUCGAAGACUACGUUUAUUGGACCGACUGGGACAAGGAGGCGAUAUUUAAAGCAAAUAAAUUUACUGGUCAAUCGGUCGAAGCUGUUACAUCUCUUCGAACUCUGAAAUAUCCAAUGGUCGUUCACGUAUAUCAUCCGUACAGACAACCAGACGGAAAGAAUCAAUGUCAGGCUGUGAAUGGUCAUUGCAGUCAUUUGUGUUUACCAGCACCAAGAAUUAAUUCGAAAUCGCCUCUUCUUAGUUGCGCUUGUCCGGACGGCCUAAGAUUGUUACCUGACGGUUUGAUGUGCGUGGAAAAAGUAAGUACAACUGUAGCACCUACAACGCAAGAAAUUAGUAAACCAUUCAAGAGACUCGAACCUCUCAACGUAACCACGACUGUCCAUCCAACGCAUUCAACAGAUGGAGAUGGCAAAGGUGGUCUAGCGUCUGAAUCCACAGACCCUGGUUUAGUCGCUGGGAUAGUGAUAGGCGUGGCGUCCUUAGGGCUGUUACUCCUCGCAUUAGUAGCAGUAUUAUGCUAUAGGCAUUACCUUCAUCGUAAUGUAACGAGUAUGAACUUUGAUAAUCCUGUGUAUAGGAAAACCACAGAAGAUCAAUUUAGUCUCGAAAAGAAUAGGUUUCCACUCCCCACUGCUACGGUUGGAGAAGAGGCUCAGGAACCUUUAACGAGUCCUGGAACUAAUGAUUACGUUUAAGAAUGAAUCUGUCAAUGAAACGGGCUUAGCAGGCUAUUGAAAUAUAAUGUCGACCAAGUAACACAAAAAUCAUGUAUAAGAAAAAAAAAAAAAAGAAAAAAAAAGAGCGAUGAAGCGCAUGUCGAGCGAGCCUGUCCAAUUAUAUGCCUGCAAUUGUCCACCUGCCUGCCAACUCAGCUGUGAUCAUGUUUAUUUUUUCUUUUUUGUACUGUCUCGUUUUCUUUACAAAUUUAUGCAUCUUGUCAUUCAACUACUACUACACGUAUGUGCAACAUUUAGAUUUGCUCCGAGGCAUAAAGGGAGAAAUACUUAGGUGAACUAUAAUUGUUGCCAAAUAAGCGUUAUAACCGUCAGUUUUCGGAUAGUUCGAUAAGAUACAAUAAAAAUCCUAUUUUAUAAUGGUUUCUCUUUCGUUUACACGCGGUAAUAUGUAACAUAGUGCUAUUUAUAAAUCUAUGUGGGUCUUGAUGCAACUAUGUUUAAAUAUAUGAAAUAUAUACAUAUACACACACACAUACAUAUAUAUGUAUAUGUAUAUAUAUAUAGAGAUAGAGAGAAAGAGAGAAAGAGAGAGAGAGAGAGAGAGAGAGAGAAUGAGAGAAAGUGAGAGAGAAAGAGAGAAUAUUUUUAUCUACAUGUAAGAUUUUUAACUUGUUAUUGUUUCACUAUUUAUUCUUUAAGCAUAUAUUUUGUCGAGUAUAACUUUUAGUUAGAGAUAUGUAUACUGUUGCAUUGAUAGAAUCUCAUGUAUAUAACAUACGAAUAUGCGAAGUAUAUAGUAGGAAUAAUUUUACGAAUCAUUAGUAAUGGUAAUGAAUUGUCAGAGACUUUCUAUCAUCAUUUGUGAAUUUGUUAAAUUAUUUGUAACAACGUUUUUUUACAUAUAUUAUAUAAUAUUUUAUAGUGCCAAAAGAAAGUGUUUCAGAAAUGAUCAUGUUUAAUGGUAUUUGUAGCAAUCAGAGACAUUUUCUUAAACAAUCGAAAUUUCUUCUUUGAUAUAUUAUAAAUUUAGGAAUAGCAAUAUACUUACAUUUUAAUCCCAGUAAUAGCUCAAACGGUGGCGUUUACGUAUAUAAAUGUAUAAAUCGUUCUUUUGUACAUGAAUACACGUUUCUCCUUUUAUGUCGUUUACACGAUAUAUACAAGCAGUGUUUACAGCACGUUCAUAGAACUCUUUUUAACGACUGCCAGUAUUUGUAUAAGUAGACCAUAUCAUAGUAAAACACUUCUCGCUGAUAUAUUCUGUUAAUGUUAUGAUUGUAAUGAAAUAGAUUGAAAACCAAUUAGAUGUAAUAAGAUCAGCUCAAUGACACUAAGUGUGACUGCGUGUCUGUUAAAAGUAAAACUGUUGUUUAGGUAUUUCAACCUACUAAAAAAUGAUCAGUGUAUAUGUAUAGAACUAUCGCCUCGGGUUUAAGACUUUUACUUAUUAUAUAUACUUUAUGAUUAUUAUAUUAAAUAAUUAAAUGUGAGACAGAUAUUCUUCUAGGUAAGAUUAUUAAAGAGUAUAAUGAUAUUACGACGAACUAACAGCUGUGUGUAUUAAGAAGUAGCAACAUAUUUGUUACGUGUUAACAUUUUUUUUUCAUUUUCAACUGAUAAAGUUAAGUGUAGCAUGUUACUGUAAUAAAAAAUGUUUAUCUAGUAAUGUUAAUAUAAUUUAAGAAAGUAACAUUGACGAAAGAAGCUUGACAAUUCUAUUCUUUCACAAAUUAUCCUAAUAUAGAUAUAUUUUCUUGCAAAUUGUGCGUUUUCAACAGAUUUUAUAUCGAUAAUUUAUUGUAUCGAACUAUCGAUAUACUUACAGUCAUACAAAUACAAAAGAAUUUGCUACUUUUUAAUAAAACACGUAUUCUUACCUACAAUCGAAAGAAAGCAAAGUCCAAAAUUAAAAUAUAGAGGCUCGAUGGUGAUUUUAAUCAAAAGAUAGCAAGAGUGUGGUGAGUAUCAGUUGCAAUUAAUUGUGUGAGUCACAAGGCAUACUUUAGCCAACCUAUUCGCCAAAAUCGUGUCAAACAUUAUUUCUAUGCAAUAUAUAUUAUCACUACACACGCAUAAUAUAAAUAUAUAUUAUAUAUAUAAUUUAUUAUAAUGAUUAUUGUAUAAAUAAAUAUAUAAAAUAAAUCA